GGUGGUGAUUCAUGCAGUGUGUGUAUGUAUGGACAUUGCAUAUAUAAGGGACGGAGUGGGGUGAUUGGGCACAUCCUCCUGGUUGCACUUGCACGGAAAGAAGAAAAUGACCCCACAGCAACGGAUGCUGUCUGUCUGUUUUUUACUGGUCUCAGUUUUUGGGACCGGUGGAUCAGUGACAACAACAGAAACUCAGAAAUUUACUUGCAGGACGUUUGGCAGUGGAGUAAUCCAGCCAUUCAAAGGCUUGGGUUACUACGUGAGGUCCAAUUGCCCGUUCACUCUCACCCGCUUCACCCACAAUCGUGUGGAAUACGACAUCACCAUACAGAGAGGAGACAACGGGCUGCUGGUUCAAGUCGAGAUCACAAUGAACAAAGUCCGGACUGUUCUGCAGAAUGGAAGCAUCCUGGUGGAGAAGAAAAGUGUCUCCCUUCCAUAUGAUCACACCUACCAGCAUAUUUUUCAGUACGGGAUCUACACUAGACUGAGGAGCUCCCUGCUUCCACUUUCUGUCACUUGGCGUAGUGUACCUGGAGGAAUAGACAGUUUGUGGGUGGAGCUGCAGCAAGAGCUGAGCACUGGCAUGACUGGACUGUGUGGAAAAGACAACGCAACAAGCAACAACCAGCAGCUGAUAACAGAGAGCACGCUUACCCAAGAGACGUGUCAAACGCGAGAUCCUGUCUUUGUCACUAACCCAGUAUGCAGAAAGUUCUUUUCCUACACCUUGGAGUGUCUGCAAGUUAAAACACCACAUUAUAUCCAACUCUGUGAAGCGAACUUUUACAGCUAUGAAAAGAGCAAAUACGUUGGCUGUGCUUUCUUCAAAGAGAUUGCCCUGCACUGUGGAAACAACAGCUAUGUGUGGCAGAAAUGGAGAGCUAUAACCAAAUGUGCUGAGCCGACUUGUCCUGGAGACCUGGUAUAUAAAGAAGAGGGUGAUGCAUUUAUUCCCAGCUGCUCCAACCCUAACCCCAGCUUUUCCGGCCAGGCUAUCACCAGCACCUGUGUCUGUCCAAAGGGUAAGGUGCUUGAUGAUCAUGCAGAAGACCUUCACUGCGUGAGUGUGCCUAGCUGCCCCUGUGUCUUCUCUGGUAGGACUUACUUAACUGGAGACAUACGUAAAACUAAGUGUCAGGCAUGUAUAUGUGAUGGUGGAAGAUGGCAUUGCUCUGAGAAUUCCUGCCCAGGCGGAUGUCACAUUGAAGGGCAGUUUGUAACAACAUUUGAUGGCAAAAAAUAUGUUGUUCCUGGUAAAUGCACAUAUGUGGCCUCACAGGGCUUAAACUGGACAAUAAAUGUUGAAUUUUCUGGGAAGCAUGCAUCUAUAAAAAGAGUCAUUCUCCAGAUUUUCCAGGAAAUGUACACAUUCACACACAACAUGGUUAAAUUUGAAGACCAAGAAAUUACUGAACUUCAUCAGUCUGAUCGUGCCCUGGUUUUCUGGCAGUCCUCUAUGUAUGUUGAAGUCCAUACAUCCUUUGGUAUGAAGAUCCAAGUCCAGGUGUCUCCUGAAAUCCAACUUUACAUUACACCACCAGGAAACCACACAGGCAUGAUUUCAGGUCUCUGUGGCAACAACAACAACGACACCACAGAUGACUUCACCAGCAGCAGCGGGAUCAUCGAGAACUCACCUGAACCUUUUGCGCUGUCCUGGAGCGUGGGCCCUUGUACACCGAACAUACCGCCAACCUGCAUUAAUACCGACAACGAAAUAUUUGCUGAUGAAAAGUGUUCUGUCUUGAACAACCCAGCUGGGAUAUUUGCAAAGUGCCAUGGCUACAUCCCAACUGAUCAAUUCCAUACGGCUUGCAUCCUAAGAACUUGUAACUGUGGCACCAGUUUGGUCCAGUGCUUGUGUGUUGCUCUGGGCAACUAUGCCAAAGCAUGUGCCAGUCUUGGAGUUGAACUUGGUGACUGGAGGAAGGCUACCAACUGCUCACUGACAUGUGAAAAGAACCAAGAGUUCUCCUACAAUGUGCGAGCUUGCAACCAUACAUGCCGCUCCCUGUCUGGUCCUGAUCUUCGCUGUGGGCAGGAAGAUGCUCCCGUGGAGGGCUGUGGCUGCCCAGAAGGAACCCACCUGAACCAAGGACAAAUCUGUACUCCAAAGACUGAAUGUGUAUGCCAUCAUCACGGUGGUAUAACGCCACCAGGGCCUGUUGUUAUCGAUGGACGACAGUGCGACUGUAAGAAUGGAAAACUGCACUGCUCCGAGGACUGUGGCUGCAGGAAUGGGAAGGUGUGCGUGCACUGCUCAGAAUACCCAGUUAAGACAGCUCAGAAAACUUGCGACAGUCUCAGCAAACCACUGGUUGCCAAUAUGACUUGUGAGAGUGGCUGUUAUUGCCCACAUGAUCAAUAUGAAGAUCACCAUGGAAACUGUGUGUCAAGGGACAACUGCACCUGUGUGUACAGUGGUAAAGUCUUCAGGGCAGGAGAGACUGUUAAAACCAACUGUAAAAAAUGUGUCUGUGGUCAGGGUCAGUGGGACUGCACAGAUGAGCCGUGUCCCGGGACAUGUCAAGUCUAUGGAAAUGGACAUUAUCAGACCUUUGAUUCUAAAUGGUAUCGCUUUGGUGGUCACUGCCAGUAUACACUUGUAGAGGAUUACUGCGGAAGUCAAAACGGCACCUUUUCUCUCCGAGUGGAGAGUGUGCCCUGCUGUGAUGAGGCACUCACCUGUUCACGCUCCAUCAUACUGGAUUUGCAGAGCAAAGUCACCCUUAUCCUGAAUGACAUGAGAGUGACCAAGCAAAUCCAAAAAGGCUGGACUUUGCAGCAAGAUCCACUUUACACAAUACACACAGUGGGACUCUAUAUCAUAAUCUCAGUGCCCAGCAAAGGUCUAACUCUAAUAUGGGACAAACACACCCGGAUCACCGUAGAACUUCAUUCAGACUGGAGGAACAGAGUGUGUGGCCUCUGUGGGAAUUUUGACUCCAACGAGCUGAAUGACUUGCAGAUAAGUGGCUCAGCAGUGGUUUCUAGUCCAAUGGCCUUUGGCAACAGCUGGAAAGCAGCCACUCCCCCUUGUACUGAUGUGACCACUGAGAUAUUUCCAUGUGAACGCAAUUCCUACUGCUCGGCCUGGGCCCAGAGGCGCUGUAUGAUCCUUAAAGGAGGCACUUUCAAAGACUGUCACUUUAAAGUGGAUCCAGAGCCCUACUACCAUGCCUGUGUGCAGGAAUCCUGCUCUUGUGAGUUUGAAGGGAAAUUCCUGGGUUUCUGCACAGCUGUGGCAGCUUAUGCAGAGGCCUGCAGUGACCAGGAUGUCUGCAUAGAUUGGAGGACACCUGAUAUGUGCCCCGUCUACUGUGACUACUACAAUGAGAAGGGCCAGUGUAGCUGGCAUUAUGAAGCCUGUGGUAGGAUUCUGACCUGUGGCAAAGACUUCACUCAGAAGCUGGAAGGCUGCUACCCCAGAUGUCCAAAGGAAAAGCCGUACUAUGAUGAGAAUACUGGUGAUUGUACCACAUUGAGGAACUGCUCUUGUUAUUUUAAUGACACAAAUGUACGACCUGGACAAGUGGUGAAAAUAAACUCUUUUGAAUGCUCCUGUGAAAAUGGAACAAUUAAAUGUCCACUUCCGCCCACAACUACCACCACACCAAUAACAUCUCUCAAAACAACUGCUUCAACUACAAGUGAAACAACUCUGCUUUCUACUACUACACCAGUGAUUACCACUACCACAGUCUCAACUACCUCUGAAACAUGGUCCACACCCACUGCUACCUCUCUACUAACCUCACCUACUAGUAAAACAUGGUCAACAAUGCCCCCCACCACUGCUAUAUCAACAACUCCUGUGCCAACAACUACAGCUACUUCAACUACUACUGUAACAUGGUCCCCCACCACCUCUGAACCAAACACCACGACUACUUCAAGUACCAGCGAAACAUGGUCAACAAUGCCCACCACUACAUCUGCAGCAACUACUAAAACUAAAACUGGGUCCAGCACCACUGCUACAACAAUGACGACUUUUACCAACGUUUCAGUGACUGCUGAAAAUUGGUCAACUGCACUUUCCACCACUAAUCCAACAACUCUUUCAGCUACCACCAUUACCUCAAUAGCCCCUACAGAAGCUAACACAACUACAGCCACUAUCAGCACACUCUCCACAUCACUGUCAACUUCUUCAACAUCCACAACUCACUCGACACACCUUACAACAAUAACAGAGUCUACAACAGAGACUCCCACUGAAUCUGCUAGUACUGUACUUUCAACCUCUUACCUACCUACAAGUACCUCAUUCCUUAAUGCUUCAACAACACGGGCCACAGAAUCAGAGACAACAAACACAGUUACAUCAACAUAUGUCUCAUCACCUCCACCAUCUACAAAACAUACGCAGCCAACAGUCACUACACUUCAGUCCACCAGCACCUUUGCAACCAAUGCUACAUCUGCUGUAACCUCAGGUCUGACAGCUAUAAGCACAGAAGUUCCCACUGUAUUUACUACAACCACCCAACCUACUACCUCCCACUCUGAAUCAACAACAUCUAAAUCUACGUCGCCACUGAUAACUAAUGGUGUGACAACAUCUGGACAAACAGAAAUAACAGAAACAGGUGCUACAACAAUGGGAACCCAUAGCACUUCAGUAGGCACCACAACAUUUUCAUCUAUCAAUACAGAAUCCACAUCUAAAAUUAAUACAGGACCCCCAAUCACAGCAACACCACGUCAGAACACCUCCCAAGUAUUUCCCACAACAUUUGGAACACUUCAGCCAACAAGCACAUUUGCAACCAAUGCAACAACUACUGUAACCUCAGCACCAGUCUGUGAAUGUGUAGAUCUGAAGAAUAAAAAACACUGGAUUUGUGGUGAGACAUGGACAGAGGACUGCUUUGAUAAGCACUGUGUUGGUGGAAAGAUAGAGUUGACCCCAGUGGUUUGUCCAGAGUCUACAACUCUGGCCUGUCCCAGAGAACGAGCCGUAAAGGUCUCGGAUGGAUGCUGUGAAACAUGGAAAUGUGACUGUCACUGUGAGCUUUUUGGGGAUCCCCACUAUGUUUCUUUCCAAGGAAUACCCUUUGAUUUCUUGGAUCAGUGCUCCUACAUCUUGGUGGAGGAGCAGUCACCACGUCAUAAUCUGACCAUUGCUGUGGACAACUUUUAUUGCGUGCCGGGCCUGAAUGGCUCCUGUGCCAAAGGAAUCGUUCUGAAAUAUCAAAACAAUGUAGCUGCACUCAACAUCAACCCACAGUUGUUUGUAGUACAGGCUACACUGAACAAUGUGACAGUCCAACCACCAUAUGAAGAGAAUGGUUUUAGAUUUGAGACCACGGGGUACAUGGUGUCAAUUCAUCUCCCAGAGAUUCGUUCUUAUGUCUCCCUCACUCCAUCCUAUACCCUGGUUGUGAACCUGGCCAUGGAGCAUUUCCUCAAUAACACCCAGGGACAAUGCGGUGUGUGCGGUGGAGCAUCAUGUAUUCGUAAAGGAGGGCAGAUUGAGGAUGACACCUGUUGUGAUAAGACGGCCUAUGACUGGGUGUAUCCAGAUCCUCUGAAGCCUGCCUGUAAUUCUGCACCAAGGGAUGUACCCUGUCUUUCUGGGCCAACCUCAGUACCUCCUCCCCCACCUCCACCUCCCUGCCCUCCAAACCCAUUAUGUGAACUUCUACUCCACCCUGUCUUUGAAAACUGCAGCAACCACGUGGAUCUAAACCUUAAAAAGAAGAACUGUGAGUUUGAUUCAUGCAGGAACCUAAAUGGUUCUUGCUCUUCUCUGGAGCAAGCUGCCGGUGAAUGUAAAAGCUUUGGUUUCUGUAUUGACUGGAGAGGACUGACUAAUGGAAUCUGUGAUGUGCCAUGUCCAGAAGGAUUGGUUUACAGUGAAUGCAGCACAAAGAUGGAUGACUUCUGCUAUGGAGGCGUGCGCUAUCCUGGAGCUUUGCUUGAAAAAAAAAGCACAGGUUGUUUCUGUCCCGGCAACCUGACCAGAGCAGGAAGUCACUCAAACACCUGUUUGCCUGUUUGUUCCUAUUGCAAAGGACCAAGCGGAGAACCUAAACUUCCUGGUGAAGUCUGGCAGUCCAACUGCAAACUGUGUAGAUGUAACAACCAGACUAUGACUGAAGAGUGCUUUCCACCACCUCCUAAGCCAGCUCCCCUCUGUGGCCCCAAUGCAGUUUUGAUAAACACUUCCUGCUGUGGUGAUGCGAUUUGUGUUGACAAGACCUGCAGUUAUAAUGAGAAGAUAUACAAGGUGGGAGAUCAGUGGACAGAUCCUGCUCAUCCCUGCAGGUCACUGAAGUGCAGUAAAGAAGGCAUUCAGACUGAGACCAAAGUCUGCUCCAAUGAAAGCUGCUCUGAGGAGGACAGAAUCUGGGAUGACCAACACUGCUGCUAUACAUGUAACCAGGGCUGUGCUGCUAGGAUGUCCACCCUCAACAUCACCGUAGAUAACUGCACCACAGUCAUACAGAUGCCUGUGUGUCAGGGGAAAUGUGAAUCUCAGCCAAGGGUGGAGUUACAUGGUGACAUGUUGGAGCAGUACUACACAUGCUGUCUGGACUGGAUAUCAGAGAGGAGGCCAGUGACUCUGCUUUGCUCUGACCUCAGUACGAGACAAUACUACUACAAGCACAUCACCAGCUGUGCUUGUAGAUCUUGUGGCUCAAGCUGAAAAAUAAAACUCAGAUGAAAGAAAGAAUUAUUCAUUAGACUUUCACAUGAAAACUAAAUGUAUUAAAAUCUUGUUCCUUAUAUAAAGUAAAUGCUGAAUCAGUUUUAUAUCAAAUAAAGUGAAUGAUUAAAGCAUGUAUUCUUCUGUUUUCUUAAAUGUAAAAACCCCAUAAUAAACAUCAUCAAGAUUCCUACCCA